CAGAGCCCAGACUUAGAAUUGUCCCAGCUGCGUGCGGCGGCGACAUGGGCGCCAGAAGGCUCCGGGUCAGAAGCCGGAGGAGCCGAGACAGCCCGGUGCCCACUCAAUGCAAUCAGACCGAGUGCUUCGACCCUCUGUUGCGAAACUGCGUGUCCUGUGAGCUCUUCCACACUCCGGACACUGGACAUACAAGCAGCCUGGAGCCCGGGACAGCUCUGCAGCCUCAGGAGGGCUCUGGGCUGAGACCCGACGUGGCGCUGCUCUUCGGUGCCCCCGCGCUCCUGGGAUUGGUGCUGGCGCUGACCCUGGUGGGUCUGGUGAGUCUGGUGAGCUGGAGGUGGCGGCAACAGCUCAGGAUGGCCUCCCCGGACACUUCAGAAGGAGUCCAACAAGAGUCCCUGGAAAAUGUCGUUGUACCCUCCUCAGAAACCCUUCACGCCUCAGCCCCUACCUGGCCUCCACUCACAGAAGAUGCCGACAAAGCCCUGCCACGACACAGCAUCCCAGUGCCUGCCACAGAACUCGGCUCCACUGAGCUGGUGACCACCAAGACGGCUGGUCCUGAGCAAUAGCAGCCGUGGAGGUUGGAACCCAGGGAGCCCUACUGGGCUUGUGAACUUUCACCCAACAGCUUGGAAAAGAAUUCAGUGGCGGAGACCUUUGCCGGGGGUGAAGCCAGCAGAACCAGACACUACCUGCCACGGGCUCCCACCAGCAUGAGAUUGUUUUCGUGUUAGCUUUUGGCUUGAGAACAUUCCAUUUUUGAGAUGUAUUUUAAGCUUGUGUGCCUUCGGAUGCUUGGAUAGGCUUGAGGGUUGAAUAUUAAUCUCUGUAAUGAGUCAGAGACUGGAAAUUGAAUCUCUUUCUAAAAAUUUUGGAUGGUGGACUGGAGAUGUGGCUCUUAAACAGUUCAGUUUGUGUUCUGUCCUCACAGAGGUCUCCAGUGGCUCAGUUUCCCACGACUCAUAUCUGGCAGCUUAAAACCACCUGUAACUCAAGCGCACUCAUUUGUUCCGGUGUACACACACACACACACGGACACACACACACACACAUGGACACACAUGCACACACACACACAUAUAGGAGUUCACACAUGCACACACAUACACGCACACAUGCUUGCUUUAAAAUGUUAAAAAUGAGGGCUGGAGAAAUUGCUCAUGGUCUAGAGUGCUUACUGUCUCCAGAGGAUUCGAGUUUUAUUCCCAGCAUGCACUUCAGGUGGCUUAUUGCUGAGCAUAACAUUUGCUUCCGGGGACCUGAUCCCUCUGGACUCCAUGGGCAUCUGUAUUCACAUGCAUAUCCUUCACACACACACACACACACACACACACA